CGAAGAGGUCGAGAAGUGACUCCUUGCCGGUCGCGACAGACGGCCAGCGGCAAGAUGAAGAACCGUGUGUUGCUAAAGAGUGCAUUGCUCCUGUUGCUGAUCGCAGCGGAUGGCUUGGUGACAGCAUUAGAGGAUGACGACUUGAUUUUCGAUCCGGAAGGCAAACAAACUGCGGCUCAAGCACCAUUGAUUGAAACGCAUCAGGACGAUUCUUUUUUUCACAGGAUAAAAAGAGGAGUUUGGGAUUUAAUUACAUCGCUAUCUACGACCACGACCACGACAACUACACCACCGCCGUCAGAUCAAGAAGAAGAAAAUGAGAUUCAAAAUGAAGAUAUUGACAAAUCUGUCAUCUUAAACGUUGGAGAUGAAGAAAAUCAUACUCUUGAUCAGCCUGAAGUGCCAAAUGCCAAAACGGGUAUCGGUGUCAUCCAAAGAUUGGUUCUCGAGAAAAACGAAGACAAUGAUGAAGCAGAUGAGCAUGAAAAUGAAAUUAAUAACCCUGCAGAAAAUCAGAGAAUACCACUAACGUAUGGAAAUACCGAUGAUGAAGAUUUGGCUGGUUCAGGAGAGAUCGAAGGCAGUGCAGGCGAAGUGGAUUACUCUCCCAACUCAGGAAACACACAUCGCAACACUGAUGGCAAAGCACGUUUCUAUCGAAUAACAUUGACAGUUAGCGAGCCGUACAGACGAGAAUACGCUGACAGAAACAGUCUUGAAUACCGAGAAUUGAGUAGCAAUCUUACACACGCCGUCGAAAAUUUGUACAAUCGUCACAUUCCAGGAUACAAUCAUUUCGCCAGCGUCGUCAAGAUAUCGCCAACGACCGACGCUUUUACGUCACAAGUUACUCUAGACAUUGGUUCGACAUUCACGGACGAGCUCGAAGUGCGUGCUAUCUUAGAGCAACAGCUGCAAUAUCAUUCCUUGGGCAGUAUCCAAGUAGGUCCGGAGGGAUUCACGUUCAGGAUAUUUCAAGCCGGAGAGAAAGACACGCAGCCGGAAUGCGAUCAGAUGACAGAAUUAAGAUGCAGAAGUGGCGAAUGCGUACCUUUAGAAUCCCGCUGUGACGGUGUAUCACAAUGCAACGAUAGUUCCGAUGAGGACAACUGCCCAACAGAUUCAUUGAAUAAGACACGCGACGAUUUUGAAUACACCACCGUGACAUCACAACAUCCCUCGCUACAUUUCUCGACGGAGACGACUCACACGGUAAAUCCGGAAGUACCGGAUAUCGACGACAAGCAGAUCGAAGAGACCACACUGAGGUCGUCUUCGAACAAGUGCCGCGCCGAUGACACGGUACGCUGUCACGACGGCAGUCGUUACAUCUGUUCGGUACAGCAGUGCGAUGGCGUUCCGGACUGCGAUGAUGGUGGUGACGAGAUCGAUUGCCCGCAUCCAGGCUGUAGUGCUGGCGAGUUCGCGUGCGACGUAAACAGAUGUAUAUUGGAAUCUCAACGAUGCAACUUUGUGGAGGAUUGCCAAGAUGGUAGCGACGAACAUGACUGCAAUUAUCCAGCUUGUUCUUCGACUGAGUUCAUAUGCAGAAACGGGCAAUGUAUCGACAGUAACAAAUUCUGUGAUGGCGUGCAAGAUUGCCACGAUGAAUCCGAUGAACACAAUUGCCCCUGCAAGGAAGACCAAUUCGAAUGCGCGCCUGGUUAUUGCGUGCCCUUAUCACGGCGCUGUGACGGAUAUACGGACUGUAUCGGUGGAAGGGACGAACAAAAUUGUUACAACAUGACACGAUGUCGAGCGGACGAAUUCGAGUGCGCCAGCGGUUCAUGUGUCAGCAAAAAUGCAAGAUGUGAUGGACGAAACGAUUGUCUCGAUCAUUCUGACGAAUAUAAUUGCAACGUGACCACCUGUAGUGGAGAUCAAUUCCGUUGUCUGGAUGGCAUCUGUUUAAAUAUCGACAAGCGUUGUAACGGAAUCGCCGAUUGCCGUAAUGGCGAAGAUGAGAAUCAAUGCGGUUGCGGAGACACCGAGUUUCGCUGCACGGACGGCAGCUGCAUCAACUACGUGUUGCAGUGCAACGGGGUGAACGAGUGCUCUGAUGGCUCUGAUGAGAGGGACUGCGAGCGGGAAUGCACGCCUAACCAGUUCAAAUGCGCCACCGGGAACAAGUGCAUCGAGGAUGUCUACAGGUGUGAUGGCCAUCCGGAUUGUCCAGAUCACAGCGACGAGGACUGCGCCCCGUCCGCUAACGACACUACACACACCACUUCGCCUACCACCAUAACCGAAUGUCCACCUGGGUGGUUUCGAUGCAACGAUGGAGUGUGCCUCGACAUUAAGAGACGUUGCGAUGGCCGGCCGCAUUGCUUGGACGGCUCCGACGAAUUCAAUUGCUCUCAAUGCCCCGACGGUCAACUACCCUGCGACAAUGGCGUCUGUAUCAAUAAGAACUUCUUCUGCGAUCACAAUAUCGACUGCCAUGAUGCUAGUGACGAACGAAAUUGCCCGGAGAGCGGAGAGACUGGCAGUUCAGGUCAUGAAUGCCACGAGGGUAGUUUCAUCUGCAGUGAUGGCAGUUGCAUACCUCCAACUGCAGUAUGCGAUGGACGUGCCGAUUGUCCGCACGACGAAGACGAGAUACUCUGCCGUCGAGGAUGCACUCGAGACCAGUUCCAGUGCGCCAAUGGAGAUUGCAUCCGCGCCGAUCAAAGAUGCAACGGAUUCAUCGAGUGCUCCGACGGUUCCGACGAGCCGGAGGAAUGCGAGCCGCCAAAGCCAACACCAGGUCAAUGUGCCGCGGAUCAAUAUAUGUGCAUUUCGGAUAGAAGAUGCGUUCCAAUAUCCUCCAUCUGUAACGGAAUUCCAGAAUGCCGAGAUGGAUCCGAUGAACAAAAUUGCGAUCGCGAAGCGGUAUGCUCGCACGAGGAGUGGAAGUGCAAGAGCGGCGAUUGUAUACUUCAACAUCAACGUUGUGAUCGCCGGAUUGAUUGCCUAUACGACGAUAGCGACGAGUUGGGCUGUCACUAUAGAGCGAUGCAAAGAAAUCACAGUAGGUGCAGCGCGCAUGAAUGGACGUGCAAUGACGGUCAUUGCAUUCCGCUGCAUCGGCGAUGCGACAAAAGGCUUGACUGUCCUAGAGAUAUGUCCGAUGAGAUGGAUUGCAGUUAUGAUAAUUAUACCGAUGGAACAUCUGACCUUAGACUGAAGACGUAUCCCAGUGAACAAGUGAUUAAAGAAAAUCCGGCGAAAAUAGGUCGCGAGGUCGUGUUCCAAUGCCGUGACGAGGGUCUUCUACGUGCCAGAGUACGUUGGAUUCGCGGCAACGGCCUUCCUCUGCCGCCUGGCAGCCGAGACAUCAAUGGUCGCCUGGAGAUACCCAACAUUCAACUUGAGCACGCUGGAACCUACAUCUGCGAAGCCUUGGGUUAUCCACCGUCCACCGCCGGUCGUCAAGUGACCGUCGUUCUUACUGUCGAGAAAUUUGAGCAGCCGGUCACCAGACCACCACAAGUGUGCCAGUACGAUCAAGCUACUUGCAGCAACGGCGACUGUAUUCCCAAAUCGUACGUUUGCGAUGGUAAAUUCGAUUGCACCGAUGGAUCCGACGAGAUGCGGUGCAGUCCGCACGGAUGUGAGCCCAACGAGUUUCGCUGCAAUAAUAAGCAGUGCGUCAGCAAGUUGUGGCGUUGCGACGGCGACAAGGACUGCGCGGACAACAGCGACGAGGAAAACUGCGCGCCGUCUCCCCCGGGAUCUCCGUGCCGUUACAACGAGUUUGCCUGCAACAGCAAUAAACAGUGCAUCCCGAAAAGCUACCACUGUGACAUGGAGCGCGACUGCUUGGACGGCAGCGACGAAGUUGGAUGCUCUCCCGUUUAUAUCGUGAAACCUCCACCGCCGAUGGUCGUUCUUAUGCCGGGCGACAUGUUGGUUCUCACUUGUACAGCAAUCGGUGUUCCGAUACCGGAAAUCAACUGGCGUCUCAAUUGGGGUCAUAUCCCCGCGAAAUGCACAACUGUGUCUACCAACGGAACGGGCACACUAACAUGUCCAGAUAUACAGACGGAGGACCAAGGCGCAUACUCGUGUGAGGCGUUGAACGUUGGAGGCUUCGUCUUCGCCGUGCCAGAUGCCAUCGUUGUCGUGAAGGAAAACGGCAAUAUCUGCCCUAAAGGCAAAUUCAAUUCCGAAGCGAAGACUGCUGAAGAGUGUAUUUCAUGCUUCUGCUUCGGCGUCGCCACCGAAUGCCGCAGCGCCGAUCUCUUCACUUAUCAGAUUCCGCCGCCGUUCGACCGCUAUAAGAUUGUGUCGGUUGAGACCAUUCCGACAAUUAGAAUCCACGGUGACAUUAGCAGUCAGAUAUCCCAGAUCCGUCCGCUUGCCCGGGAUGGCGUUCAGCUGUUGGAGUCUUUCAGUAAUGAUUUGCAUGUCUACAAUAUUCCCUACUUCGCGCUACCGGAGAACUAUCAUGGCAGUCAAUUGAAGUCCUACGGCGGCUACCUAAAAUACUCAAUUCGCCAUAGCGGUAACGGCACACCGAACUACGCCCCUUCCGUCAUCUUAAGUGGUAACAAUUAUAUCUUGGUGCAUAAAAGUGAGGAGCCAAUACCGGAUUACGAGAACGAGAAAUCAGUCAGGUUCUUCUAUGGCGAUUGGUACAAGCAACAAGGAAGAAGCGAAGUCCUAGCUUCCAGGGAGGAAAUCAUGAUGGCGUUGGCAAACGUUGACAACAUUCUAAUAAAAGUGAAAUAUGAUGACUCUCCGCAACUAGACAUUCGUCUCACUAAUAUCAUUAUGGACACCGCUGAUACGCGAAAUACUGGCCUAGGAUCCGCGUCCUUCGUCGAGGAAUGUCAAUGUCCAACAGGAUACACUGGUCUAUCUUGCGAGCAUUGCGCACCUGGUUAUCUGAGACGCGAAAGCGGACCAUGGCUUGGCCAAUGUUACAGGGAUGAACCACCGUGUCCUCCGGGAUACUAUGGCGAUCCUUCAAGGAAUAUCCCUUGCCAGAUUUGUCCUUGCCCGCUUACCAACCCAUCGAAUCAAUUCGCUCGCACGUGUCAUCUUGGCUUUGACGGACAACCCACGUGUGAUUGUCCUCCUGGCUACGUUGGACGCAGAUGCGAGCAGUGUGCCACUGGUUACCAAGGAAAUCCUCUUAUUCCUGGAGAUAUGUGCGUUCCCCUUCAACAAUGUGAUCCGAAUGGCAGUCUUAGUCCUAACGCCGAUCCACAUACCGGAAAAUGUCAUUGCAAGCAAUAUGCAACGGGUCUCACUUGCAAUCAAUGUAAGGCGAAUACCUUUAAUCUGGCCUCGACAAACCAAUUUGGAUGCAUAGCUUGCUUCUGCAUGGGCAUCACCAACAGAUGCGUCUCCUCUAACUGGUACAGGAAUGAGAUUCGUGUAUCAUUUACCAACUCGAUUCGAGGUUUCUCUUUGAUCGAAUCCAAGAGCACAGACACACCAGACAUUGUAGAAGGAAUUCAUCUAAACACCAUUAAUCGAGAAAUAGUUUAUAGCGAGUUUCCCAAUCGUGGUAACAACGACGUCUACUAUUGGCAAUUGCCCAGCAUUUUCUUAGGAGAUCAAAUAACAUCUUACGGUGGUAAUCUCAAAUACACUGUUAGAUACGUGCCCUCUCCAGGCGGUCAAAGUUCAAGGAACAACGCUGCGGACGUCGAACUCAUUAGCGCUAAUGACAUCAACUUGCUUUACUAUUCCCGCGAGUCUCCCGAGCCUAACUCUCAGCAAUCAUUCACUGUACCAUUGCUCGAGCAAUAUUGGCAACGUAAUGAUGGAACUCAAGCGGAUAGGGAACACCUUUUAAUGGCUUUGGCAGAUGUACGAGCCAUCAGAAUCAAAGCUACUUACACGACGCAUACAGACGAAGCUGCGCUCUCCUUCGUGUCUUUGGACACCGCCGAAAAAUAUAACACAGGUAAAGCUCGUGCAGUCGAAGUUGAAGAAUGUACUUGCCCCGCUGGCUACAGAGGACUUUCAUGCGAAGAUUGCGACGUUGGUUACACCCGAGCCAUUGAAGGUCUCUAUUUAGGUAUCUGCGAACCGUGCAACUGUAAUAAUCACACGAAUCAAUGCGAUCCCGAAACUGGCACUUGUGAGAAUUGCGCUCAUCAUACUACGGGAGAGUACUGCGAACUGUGUGAACCGGGAUAUGAAGGAGACGCUACUCGAGGCACCUCGAACGAUUGCUCGUAUAGAAGUCAAAGACCUGAGCCAUGCAGAUGCAACGAGGCUGGUUCACGCAGCACUUCUUGCGUCGACGGUCGAUGCGAGUGUAAGAGAAACGUCGAGGGUCCAGAAUGUAAUCGAUGCCGCCCGUCGACAUACGGAUUACGCGCCGAGAACAUUGAUGGAUGCAUCGAGUGUUACUGCAGCGGGGUAACUGAUCAAUGUCAUGAGAGUACAUUAUACGUACAACAAAUACCGAUGUGGGUAUAUGACUCCCAUCAUGGCUUCACUCUUACGGACUCGACUAGACGCGACAUAAUUGACGACGGCUUCGAGCUAAAUGUGGCAAUGAAUGAAAUCGGCUAUCGCUAUCCGGACAGCAGAAGCCGCAGAUUGUUUUGGUCACUUCCGAGUGUUUUCACCGGUAACAAAGUGAAGAGUUACGGCGGAAAUUUGACUUUGACGCAGCAUAUCACUGCAUAUCCUGGCGCUCAGAGUUACAAAGAUCAAGACAUUUUGCUGAUUGGCAAUGGCAUUACAUUAUUCUGGACGAAUCCGGUAGAGCUCCAACCUGAAAUUCCACUGACCUACACCGUUCCUUUGAAAGAGCAUGAAUGGAGAAGACUGACCACCGAAGGACCGCGCAGCGCUUCCAGGACGGAUCUCAUGAUAGUGCUUUCCAAUCUAGAAGCUAUCUUAGUCCGCGCGUCUCACAGCGAGCGAAUGACCGCAACAUAUAUUAGUGAUAUCAGCAUGGACACGGCCGUAGAAAAUCUGAUUGGAAACCGACGUGCGACUCAAGUUGAAGCUUGUCGUUGUCCGACCGGUUACACAGGCACUUCCUGCGAAACCUGCGCUCGCGGUUAUUAUAGAGACACCAGCGAUCGGACUAUCAGUUACUUGGGCGCGUGCAAUCCCUGUCCAUGCAACAAAAAUGAAGAGAGCUGCGAAAUCAGCAGAUCUGGCCAUAUCAAAUGUCACUGCCUGCCAGGAUACACGGGACAGUAUUGCCAAGACAGUGGUGUCGGUGAGCUCAUGGUAAGCCUAAUGCCGAUGAACGGCGAAGUCGAACCGUAUUCCACGAUCCAAUUUACGUGCAACUAUGACUAUCCAGACAUGUUUUACAUCUAUUUUAAAUUGUCGUCGUUCGAUGGAUUUCCCAUAACUGCACGGAGUGGCGAAAUCGGCCCGAUAAUGAAGACAGAGAAAGGAGCUGUCCGCACUUGGUUCGUUCACAUGGGGAACGUCCCCUGCAACGUGGAAUGUCACAUCGUGAAUGACCGCGGCAAAGAACUGGUCAAAAUUGUGACGUCGAUUACGCCAGUUGAAGAACUGCAGACAACUAGUACGCAGAUCCCAGUAUCUCCACCGAAAAUCACAGUUUACAUACAAGAAAAUGAAUUCCAAAUCGUCCAUACAGGAAAAACCGUCCGAUAUCAUUGCACAGGCAGAUCUAGAGAACAUGAAUCGGUGAACAUUAGAUGGGAAAAAGAAGGUGGUCAAUUACCGCCUGAUAGGAGCGUGGACGAUUCGAAUGGACUUUUGGUAAUUAGAGAUGUGAAGGUGUCUGAUAGCGGCAUAUAUGUCUGUCAAGUGAGCGACGGAACAAACAUUGGAUAUAAAAAAGUCACACUAACUGUUGGAGGAACUAACCCGGUAGAGCCUAGAGUCGCUAUAAGUCCAUCAUAUCAACAAGUGAGGGAAGGUGAACCUGUUGAGUUCCGUUGCGAAGCCACUGGUAAUCCGCCACCUCAACUGGAUUGGAUAAGAGUUCACGGAAGUAUGAGUCCAGAGGCGACAUUCUACAAUGGCGUAUGGAGUCUUCCAGCUGCGUCGAAGAACGAUGCAGCCGAGUAUAAGUGCGUCGCUAGGAACAACGUUGGCAUAGACGAGAAGACAACCAUCUUAUACGUUCAAGAUAAUCCUAAUAAACCACCACCUCAAGGCUUACCGCCGACUAUAACUCCGUCCGAAUGGUCAGGAACCAGCGAAGAUGUCGUCAGGUUGAUCUGCACACCAUCUCAACAUGUGAAUGUCACUUGGACGAGAUCCGGCGGAUUGCCAUUGCCUUAUACCGCCAGUCAACGUGACGGUAUUUUGACGAUCACCAAUCCUACCCCCAGCGAUUCCGGCAUAUACGUGUGCACCGCGACAAGUGUUCGCGGAACGGAGACGAGUACCACUGCCAGGAUUACAAUAAUGUCUCGGAGAGAACCACCAUUGGUCACGGUCAGGCCGUUUCGACAGGAGGUGAAACAGGGCACUGUGGCUGAAGUACGAUGCAUCACCAGCGGAGAGCCAGGUCUACAGGUGAAAUGGAGCAAGUACACGGAAACGAUGAGUUCCCGUGUCCAACAGAUAGAGGACACGCUCAGGAUCAUUAAUGUCCAGGUCUCCGAUCGAGGAGUAUAUCUCUGCCGGGUUACUGGCCCCACAGGCAAUUACGAGGCCAGUGCCAUCAUCGAAGUUGAACCUCGUGAAGCUCCAGUUUUAGAGCUGUAUCCACAAGAUAUACAAACGGUCAUCCUCGGCGGUUCCGCCGAUCUUCAGUGUCGCGCAAAGGCCGGUUUUCCAGCGCCCGAGUUGCGAUGGUCUCGCGUAGACAAUCGACCAUUCGCCUCCAACAUUGAGCAACUUCCUAGUGGACUCCUCAGACUGUCGAACAUCACAGCGAAUGACGGCGGUGCCUACGUCUGUUCCGCGUCAAACGAAGUCGGUUCGACGUCAGUCAUCGCGCAUAUCGAGGUGCAAUCUAUGCCUGUGAUCACUGUCACACCGCAGCACGGUAUCUUACAGGUAAAACGCGGAAGUCGAGUUCGUUUGAUGUGCAGCGCGAAUGGUCAUCCACAACCCAAUGUGGCUUGGAGCAAAUAUGUGAACGGAAUAACGAUACAGGACACAUAUAGCAGAACAGCAGCUACUCCUUUAAGUGCCGUUUACGAGAUAUUCUCUGUUUCACCCGACGAUGAAGGAUCCUACACUUGCACAGCUACGAACGCCGUAGGAAUAUCCGAAGAGCGUGUCCAAAUCCGCAUCGAAGAUGAUGACGAUUAUGUGCCUUGCACUGGCGAUAGAGGCGAUAUUCCAUGCGACGAUGAUCGACAGCGACCACAACCUGAUUCUAGAGACCCGAAUCAAACAGAAGGAGGAGUAUUGAUUCCCAAAGAUUACUUGAGAAUCCCAGACGGUGGCAAAGUGGAGAUGCGUUGUCAGGUCUUCGGACCAGAUGGAGAUCACAUCUACCUGGAUUGGAAAAGAAGUGAUCAUCGUUCCCUCCCAGAAGGUAGCACAGUGCACAAUGGAGUGUUAAGUAUCCCAACUGUUAAUAGAAACGCUGCUGGAGAGUACAUCUGUUUGGGCUUGGAUCCUGCCGGCACAGUGCUCUUCCGAGCGAAAUCUCAUCUUGAAAUUAUAUCUCCACCAAGAAUUGAAUUAAAUCCAACGCGUCAAACAGUAGGACCUGGAGAAAAUCCAUCUAUAAUUUGUACCGCUACGGGAGAUGAACCUUUGCACAUCGAGUGGAAAGCCAUAGGACGUCCAUUACCAUAUUCUGUAUCGGACAGCGGUGGAAUCUUACAAUUCCAUGGCAUUACAUAUUCCGACGCUGGCAAAUAUGUGUGCAAAGCAACGAACGCAGCAGGAACAGCAGAAGCGGUAGCAGAAGUUUUAGUUAAUGAACAUCCUUACGACAAUGCAAGGAUCCGCGCUGAACAAAGAGACGUAGUAACUCAUGCCGGUAAUUCUGUACGCUUACGUUGUGAGGUGCGCGAACGUGCGACGAUUCAUUGGAGUCGAGAAGGGCUACCGUUGCCGACCAACGCGCGAAUCGGAGAAGAUUACUUGGAGCUGACGCAAGUGAAACCGGAAGACAGCGGAAGAUAUAUCUGUCAGAUCCAGACGAGUCGCGGUGUAUCCAGCGAUUAUAUUAAUUUCAACGUUUCUCCUGCUGCAGUACCUUCAGUAAGCAUCGAGAUGUCUCAAGAUCCAAUAAACAUCGGUGACACCGUUGAUAUACAUUGCACAUACACUGGAACACGUAAUCCACGUUAUCGCUGGACGAGACCGAAUCAUGUGAGCCUACCAACAAACGCACAGGAGUAUGGCAACGUUUUGAGGCUAACUAAUGUAGUCGUUAGUGAUAGCGGACCCUACAGAUGCACAGUUGACACAUCCGAAGGCAUACUCGCGAAGGACUUCAAUUUGAUUGUCCACGGCGGAAUCCUCGAUGAACCAGCAAUUGAAACCAAAUUGGCGCCGUACGGAUCAAGUCUGGAAAUGGAUUGCCGAUUAGAUCUCGAUCCGCCAAUACAAUUUCAAUGGAACAAACUCGGUGGACUUUUGCCACGUGACAGUCAGAUUUACGAGAACAAAUUAAAAUUAACUAAUGUAAAGGCUGAAGACGCUGGAACGUAUAUUUGCUCCGGAAAUAAUGAAGAAUCGCGAGUCGAAGUACCUACGGUGCUAGUUGUAACAGGAGUUGUGCCUAAUUUUAGUCAGGCACCCGAAAGCUACAUCGCUUUCCCUCCUUUACCUGACUCCUAUCUCAAGUUCAAUAUCGAAAUUUCUUUCAAACCGGAAAGUUACGAUGGCAUUCUGUUAUACAACGACGAAUCUGGUCAUGGUGACGGCGAUUUUAUCGUUUUAUCUCUAAAUAAUGGAUAUCCACAAUUCAAAUUCAAUCUCGGUUCUGGACCAGCUGUUAUUCGCGCGGAUAAGCCUGUCACCUUGAGUGAAUGGCACACCAUUAAGAUCCAACGCAAUCGAAAGGAAGGAACGAUGCUAGUAGACGGCGAAGGCCCGUACAAGAUGGUCGCUUUAGGCAGACGCCAAGGUCUCGAUCUUAAAGAACCCCUUUACAUCGGUGGAGUGCCCAGUUACAGCAGAAUCAACAUGCAAGCCGAAGCGAACACUGGUUUCGUCGGAUGCAUCAGCCGACUAGUCCUCGGGGAGAAACAGGUCGAUCUGAUUGGCGAUCAGACUGACAGCGUGGGCAUUACGACUUGCGAAACCUGCGCCGAGAAUCCCUGCAACAAUGGUGGUGUGUGUCAGGAAGCAGCCACGAAAAACGGCUACACAUGUUUGUGCCGAGCCAGUUUCAGCGGCAAACAUUGCGACAACAUCGGACAAUCUUGCUAUCCAGGUGCCUGCGGAGAAGGUGAGUGCAUCGAUGAAGAAGUCGGCGGUUUCCAUUGUUACUGUCCAAUCGGGAAGACGGGACCAAGAUGUGAGCAUUCGGUAAACGUCUACGAUCCAGCUUUCCAUGACGACAGAGCUUUCAUCGCUCAUGAGACUCCAAAAGCUCUUAGACGGGAAAGAGAGAGUUCGACCACUACACACAGUCGAUCACGAUUACGCAACGCACAAAUUAGGAAACCACGAUCAAGGCCACAUCACCACAAUAAUUUGCACCACACAAAACAUUAGCUAGACCUAGCACCAAUUUUACGCACUCAGAGAAUCAUUACUUAUCACAACAAUAAACUUUUCCCUCCGUCUAAUAAAAAUUACCAUACAUAAUGAUCUAUCUAAAAUUUUUAAGAUAUGUUUAUGCCUGUAUCCGAAAAGAUUAGUCAGCUCGAUUUAUUUUUGUGCCAAUUUUUCACUGCCUAUUUUUCUUUACGCAUAGUGGCGAUGGUUAUGAUAGUAAAAAGAAUAAGCAAUGAAUUCUUAAUAGGUAGUUUGCAACGAGCCUGCAUAGUGCGUAGUUCCUUGUAAUGGACAUGGUGCUGUAACGUUAGAACAACAGUCAAUAUAUAUAUAUAUAUAUUUACGAAUUAGUAAUUAAUACGUUUUGUACAGCUUCUUAAUUAAUACAUUUAACGCGUCACUUUAGUCAUUAUUAAUUAUUAAAAGUAAUACGUGAAGUCACUGCCAAAUCAGUCGCAUUUAACAGUUAGU